AAUGGAGAGAAUUGGUUUCAAAAAUUUGAAUAUACAAUUUGGGAGUUCAGGGUAAGGAAAAUUUGAUCUCUAAACUUUGCCCUUAAAUUUGCAAUAUUUUUAUUUUUUUCUUAACUUUUGGGUACUACAGAUUAAAAUGACCAACCAAAUUUAAGAAAUCAAGAUUUUUUUUUUUUUUUUUUUUUUUUUUUCGUUUUCUAUUUGGGCAAUUUCAAUUGGCAUUUUUCUCAGUGAUGCUACAAUUUUUAAAGAGUUGAGAUGUGUGAAAUUGCAAUGGUUAACAUCUGUGAUGGUUUUUGUUUGAGAAUAAAGCUCACUGAAGUUCCACAUGUGUUUAAGUUGUCUUUUUCUAUCAUGAGAAACUGUGCAAAACCCACUUUGUGUUUGUAAAUGAAUGUAAUGUGAAGAGUUCCACUUGAGUUCCAAUUCUGCUUAAAAUAAAAGUAUUUCAUUCUAUUAGUGCAGUGUUUCUCAACCCUGGUCCUGGCCGUGCCCUCAACAUUGCAAAUUUUGUGUGUCUCCCUUAUCUGAAACACUCAUUUUAGAUUCUGGAGAUUCUUUUAAUGAGCUCCUUGUGAGUCAAAUCAGGUGUGUUUGACUAGGGAGACACAAAAUGUGUAGUGUUGAGGAGCGCCCAGAACCAGGAUUAAGAAAUGCUGUAUUGGUGUUUUAGUUUGUGAAUGUCAGUAUCCAGUACCGCUUUGUCUCAGUAGAUGUCAGUAUUUUUUGUUUACGUUUUUUCCCUAAAUAUAUCUUACGUAACCUUUUCCUGCUGCUGCUAGUAACAGUCCGCAUACUGAUAUCUGACAGCUAGGUCCAGGCUAGUCUUAUGCUAUGUUGAAACUUUUUAAUUGUUGUAGAAUGAUUUCAAACUGAUCCCUCCCCUGAUCAUUGAUAAAGAGUUCAGAGUUUUAAAACUCAGGAUAAGUUCACUGACUGUUCAGUUCUACUGACUCCUGAUAACUUAACAACAUGCAUUGGCUAAUUCUGGUGAUCUUUUCAUUCUUCUCGUCUGGGAACACGCUCCUGGCACCUUGUGACAGUCAGAUCUACUGCACUGGAGACGUCCUACGACAGAUCCAGAUGGCUAAACUGUUUGAUGAUGACAAGUACUUUGUAGAUAUGAAGUUGACUGCAGCUCCUGAGGUCGUUGUGGAGGCUUUUGCCAAUCUGAGCUCAGGGUUCCCAAACAAGACCGUCCCAUCCUCAGAGCUACAGAAGUUCCUGCAAACAUACUUUGAAGAGCCGGGUAAGGAGUUUGAGCAGUGGACUCCUCCAGACUGGCAUUCGACACCAAGCUUCUUGUCCAGGGUGUCUGACUCAGAAUACCGCAGCUGGGCUGAAGAACUGCACGGUUUAUGGAAAUCCCUUGGUCGAAAGAUCCGUGAUGAUGUCAGAGACCACCCAGAGCUGUACUCACAGAUUUACACCCCAAAUCCAGUCGUCGUGCCUGGUGGCCGCUUUAGGGAACUCUAUUACUGGGACUCGUAUUGGGUACUAAAUGGUCUCCUUUUGUCUGAGAUGACAGAGACAGCUCGAGGAAUGAUUCUGAACUUUGUGUACCUGGUGGAAAGAUAUGGCUUUGUGCCAAACGGUGGUCGAGUUUAUUACCAGCGUCGUAGUCAGCCUCCCUUCCUUCCGCUAAUGGUGGAAAGCUUCUAUGAGGUCACCAGAGACAAAGACUUCCUUAGGCAGGUUUUGCCAGCAUUGGAAACAGAGUACAGCUUUUGGAUGCAGAAUCGCUCUCGUGCUGUGACGAUGAGUGGACUGACUCACAUCCUGAAUCGAUAUAAUGUACCAGUGGACAGGCCCAGACCUGAGUCGUACAGUGAUGAUGUAGAACUGGCUGAGGGCCUGUCAGAAGAGGCUCAGAAGAAACUUUGGGUGGAAUUGACAUCUGGUGCAGAGUCAGGCUGGGAUUUCUCUUCUCGCUGGUAUAUAGACAGCACAGGCAGAAACAGCGGCACCCUGAGUGACACGCGGACAAGCUCCAUCCUGCCUGCUGACCUCAAUGCCAUUUUGUGCCGCAAUGAGCGUCUGCUGGCCUCCUUUCACAGGAUUAUGGGUAAUGAAGAGAAGGCAUUGGAAUAUGAGAAGGCACUUUCUGCUAGAAUUAAAGCGGUUGAAAGUCUACUGUGGGAUGCAGAAAAAGGAGCCUGGUUUGACUUCAGCCUAGUGAACGAGACCCAGCACCAGUCCUUCUACCCAUCCAACCUGGCACCUCUCUGGGCACAAUGUUACUCUAAGCCAGAGAUGGGCAAUCAGGCUGUGCAAUACCUGACGGGUAGUGGGGCUCUGGACUAUCCUAACGGGGUUCCCACUUCUCUUAGUGAAAGUGGGCAGCAGUGGGACAUGCCCAACGCCUGGCCUCCACUUCAACAAAUGAUUAUUGAGGGUCUCUCGAGGCUCGAUUCAGCCCACGCUAAAGAGCUCGCCUUCAGUUUGGCCCAACGGUGGAUUCAGACCAACUGGCGGGCGUAUAUCAAAUAUGAGGCCAUGUUUGAGAAGUACGAUGUCAACGGUGAUGGAAAGCCCGGAGGAGGUGGCGAGUAUGAAGUUCAGUUGGGAUUCGGAUGGACCAAUGGGGCUGCUCUGCAGCUGUUGAACCAGUAUGGUGAUAGGCUGAGCUCUGGAGGGAGUGUCCUGAAUGCCAGCAUUCUCAUUGGACUCCUCUAUCCCAUCUUAAAAUCUCUGUUCUGAUCCUGAUCUGUGAUGUCUGGAGAAAAUCCCACAUUGCCCUUCAACAGCUGAAGCUGAAAUUAUUCAGUGUCUUUCUGUCUGACUAGCUUGUGUUUUUUUUUUUUUUUU